UCCGCUCCACGGCUAUUUUUAACUUGUUUUCGCGUCCACUGAGCGAGUACAGAGAGAGAGAAUGAAAGAGAGAGAGAGAGAGAGAGGAGCGCAUCCGUGGCUCCGUGCAUUCGAUGGAAUGCCACGCACCACCGGCCACUCGAGGAUCCGCGAAACGAAUCGACGACCUGUUGGAAAAAAAAGGAAAAGAAAAGGAAGCGAGAUUAGAGAAGACGCGGACGUGGCGGAAAUAAAGGGAGAGUUGAGAGAGCGUGGUGUGGAUUUUGAGAAUUGUUUGAGAAGAAGGAGGGAUUCGAUUCGAAGAGGGUUGAUUUUGGGGGAGGAGUUUGUAAUGGUGGAAGGUGGUGCGAAUUCGAUGAUAGUUGGAUCACCGGGAGAAAGUUGAAAUGUCCCGUCGAAUAGCUUCUCGAUUUCAAGUGUCUUCUCGGGAAGUGAAAGUUGCAGAUUUAAUUGUGGUUAGUGCGAAAUAGUGAUAAAAAUCACGGGGAAAGAUUUUCCUGAACGAAUGAAUGAUUUUCUUAACGGUAAUUAGGAUCGACGAAGCCUUCAUUUCCUCGCAAAUGGCACGGUAUUGUGUAUUUGAUUACACGGUUUCUUAACGCGCAAUAUGGAGAAAAUCGAAAGUAGAAAAAAGAGAGAUGCCUUUAUACGUUGCAAGAGAAUUCCUUUGGUUUUACGGCGCGUCUUCUUCGGAGUAUACGCAAAAAUUCAAUUUUGUGAAUGAAUUAUUUGCAUAUACAUUGGUGAAGGAUAUGAAAGAUUCUUUAUGGAUAAGGGGUUGAAAGAAAGGAUAGAGAAACGGCACAAUGGAAGACGAUAAGCGGAUCGAGAGACUUGUGCGUUGAGAAAUUCGAUAGCGAUACGAGGAAAUCGGGGGAUGAGCGAAAAGGAUUUCCGAAAUAUAUCGACAGCUGUCGAUUGUCGAAGCACGCUUUUGACACAGCUAUUAUUAAAUUCUUUCCAUUCAAAGAACAAUAUCUAUAAUCCAUAGUGAAAGCGUUAAUCCAUAGCGAAAAAUCUGAUUUUAUACAUUUGUACGAAUUGUACGAAUUAACUCUCCCAGUAUACUUUUUAUUUUUAAUAAAUUAACCAAAUAUUAAUUUAUUUCAUUCGUUCAACGAUAAAUAAAUAAUUUUAAUACGUUUUAUAUACGUACGUGACACGUGUCCUUUCACGAUGAAUAUUGAUUAUUAAUUUUGCAAAUUUUAUUGCAUUCAACGAAGGUAAAAAGAAAAUGAUUAACUACGCUUACACUUUCAUAUAUAUAUAUAUAUUUUUUUAUAUCAUGUAAAAUUAAUACGAUCGAAAAAUGUUUCCUCUUUGAAUAGUGUUGAAAGACCGAUUUGUCUUAAAAUUUAUCUCAUGGAAAAAGAAAAAAAUUCUUCCAUCGAAAAAUCGGGAUCAAAGCAGCAGUAAUAACCCGUUAAAAGAAAGGAUCGAUACACGUGCAUGCUCGCACGAAAACAGGCAAAAGAGGAGACAGAAGCGGCAGCGGCAGAGUGUGAUCCUCGGGCCAGGAGUCAGUUGAGCCGCGUCGUGAUUCAUCUAUCCGGCUCGGAAUCUUUAAACGCUUUACCUGCUACCGGAAUCUUAGCAGGUUGGAUAAAGGGUGGCGGCCAGUAACAGCCGUCACUUUGUCGGCCUUUGUCACGGGGAUUAUGCGCCGUCUGGCAAAUUAUGACGGACACCUUCACGCCCAGAACACCCUCUAAUGCGCCGGAUACGGAAGGAGAGAAAAGGAGCAGUCGGGGUGGGACCUAUCUCUGUAUGCCUGACGGCACUCGUGUUGACGAUAGCCGCCGAGGAGAGGCCGAGGAACACCGUCUCGGUGUCCUCCGGCACGGCUUCGAUCCAGAGCAACACGAUUCAGAAGCUGAUCAAGAUUCUGGAGAAGUACGGCCUCGAGGAGCAGAGGGGCCUGAAGAGGGUCUACCUGAGCAACAGAUCGAUCACAUGCAACGACGGAUCCCAGGCGGGGUUCUACCUGCGGAAGUCACACGGAUCCAGAAGGUGGAUCAUUUUCCUGGAAGGUGGAUGGUACUGCUAUGAUCACAAGAGUUGCAGGAACAGGUGGCUCAGGUUGAGGCAUCUGAUGACGUCGACACAAUGGCCUGAGACACGCGACGUUGGCGGCCUAUUGUCGGCGAACCCCGAGGAGAAUCCAUAUUGGUGGAAUGCGAAUCACGUGUUCGUUCCUUAUUGCACGAGCGACAGUUGGAGCGGAACCAGAGCUUCGUUGAAUGAUAUGUUCUCCUUCAUGGGGGCAGAGAUUGUACUGCAGGUGGUACGAGAUCUCGUUCCACUCGGCCUCGAGAACGCGAGCUCCCUCCUUCUUGCUGGUAGCAGCGCGGGUGGAACCGGUGUCAUGUUGAAUCUGGAUCACGUGCACAAUUUGGUUCACCACGAUCUAGGCUUGAAGCACAUCGCGAUAAGAGGCGUAUCCGACUCAGGAUGGUUUCUCGACAGGGCUCCGUAUUCGCCGAAUGGUUUAUCACCGGUUGACGUUGUUCACAAGGGAAUGGAACUUUGGAAGGCCCGAAUGCCGCACAAUUGCGUCAACAAACACCGUAACGAACCGUGGAGAUGUUACUUCGGCUACAGGCUGUAUCCAACGUUGACCGCCCCCUUGUUCGUUUUCCAAUGGUUGUUCGACGAAGCUCAGAUGUCGGCGGACAACGUGGGUGCACCGGUGACCAAGCAACAAUGGGAUUACAUACACAAAAUGGGCGACAGCCUGAGACAGACGUUCGAAAACGUUACGGCGGUCUUCGCGCCAAGUUGCAUCAGCCACAGCGUUUUGACGAAAAGAGAUUGGCAAUUGGUCAAGAUAGACGAGGUCUCUCUGGCACAGGCGUUGCAUUGCUGGGAGCAAAUGCCAAUUGGAAAUCAUCGAAACGUCACUCGUUCGCCAAUUGAGACGAACCAGCCGUGCACAAAGUCGUUGCGGAAGCUGGUGCGUUCCGGGUUGACGAAGGGAAACGGAACUUCAUCCGAGGCAGGAAGAAGCGGGAAAGGCGAGUCCGUGGCGGAGUUGCAGAAAGUCAGGAGCCCGUUAAAAUCGGUCAUGGGGAAAACGUCGUCGAACGCCGUGGUGCAGGACAAAGAGGGGAAGAAGAGGAAGAGGCGGAAGCACAAAGGGAAACGCAGAGAGAGGAACAAGGAAGCGAGGUCGAGGAAGGAGAAGCACGAGCGAAGAAAAGCUACGGGUCGGCGUAAGGGUAACAAGCAGAACAACGACAGCAACCACACAGGCAUGUUCAACGGGACGAGGCCGCAGCGGUCUGUGAUACCAUCUGGCAAACGGAAGUGUGUUCAGGGCUGCCACUUCCGGUUAAUCGAACGCUGCACUUGGCCGCAAUGUAAUCACAGCUGCCCGAAGCUGCACAACCCGUUCACCGGUGAGGAAAUGGACUUCAUCGAGUUGUUGAAGAGCUUCGGUCUCGACAUGAAGAGCGUUGCGAACGCGCUCGGCAUAGACAUACAAACGUUGAACAGCAUGGAUCACGACGAGCUGUUGAAUCUUCUUACGCAACGGGCGAAUUAACUCGUCGCGUGUUAACAAUAUAUAAUUCAAUCCGACGAUGACGAGGGAGCGAAGAAACAGAAGAGUUCGAUGAAGAGAGACUUUAUUGAAAUCUUUGUAUAUCUUGUGUAUACUCGAUAUAUCUCGAUCGAUUGUUUCUUUCGUCGCGUUGAGACGAGAGUGAACCGAAUUUUCUUUCGAAUCUUCUUCGACGAGGAAGAGAUCGAAAGAAGAAGAUUAAGAAAAAUCGGGUAGAUGUUGAAACGCGUCUCUGAAAACAGUAGCACUGCAGAGACUUUUGUUUCAAUUUUUCGGAUCCUUGGGAGUAUUUCGAGGAAGGGAUCGAUUGAAUUGUACAUAUACAUUCAUUUGUUAGAAUUUCUACGAUACGAUACGAUAUUUGGAAACACUUGGUCACACUUGGAAUCGAGUCGAUCGAAGUUUUUUUAGAUCGAGUUCGCCUUCGGCCAAGUUACUUAAUCCAAUGAGAAUUUCUUCUUUUUUUUUUUUUGCAACGAUUCUCGUCGUUCUUGCGUGUGAAGCGAUAUAUUUCACACCAUCCUCGCGAAUAGACAAGUAUUUUAAUUAUUUAUUUCAUAGUUCGUAAGGCAGAGUAAACGGGCAUAUAAUCAUGUUGUUACGAAUUAAUUUACUCGACGAUCAUUCGUCGAACGAUCAACUCUGAUCAGCCAUGAGGCUUCACUUCCCACUUACCAAAACAUCUUUCCUUCUUCAACAUUUGUACCUGGUCAAAUGAGAGACAACAGCAUAUUCGCGGAACAAUUUUUUUUUUUCUCCACUGGUAGUUUCACGGAUCCACAAGCGAUACUUGUUCGUGUACCUCGUUCGAUAUCUUUGGGAUAUCUUAUAUUGUUGGAGAAAUGUUGGAAAAACGAAAUCUCGUUUCAGUAAUCGAACGAACCCAAAGAUAUUGAAAAAAAAAUAAACAGAACUUAGGUUUAAAAGAUUCUUGUACAACUUUGACCAAAUAUUCUUGGAACGUUUCUUGAUCCGAUUCUUCUUUGGAGGGGAAUUUUGUUAUUAUUAUUCAUUUUCAUGUUUCGAAAUUUGUGAAACGAUUUAAACAAAUAUCCACACGUUUUAUGUAUACGUUCCGUUGUUGCAACAAGCACAGCGAAGAAGUUGGAACUCGAGACGUUCACAUUGUCCGUCAGAGUUGAACAGGAUUAAACAAAUUAAGUGAAAAUAUUCAGCCUGAUUCGAUGGAACGCGCCGGAAUCGAGUUUUGCGAAUUGAUGCCAAUAACGAGCAAAUCGACCGACAAAGCAGCUUCAUAGACUGAUUAAAUUAUCUACCUCAACGAAUCAAAUCGUAUUAACGUCCUUCUGUGUACUAUAAACGCCGAUUAAAAGAGUCUAACGCGGCAAAGGGUAAUUAAAGAGUAGGUCGCGCGCGCGAGCGUGAACCAAUUCAUCGUAUCUAAUUGUAUUCAAACAUUGUGUAAUAUACUAUAUCGAACUAAUUAUUAUUUAUUUGACGGGUGAGAAGGUGGUUCGCGCGACGAUCGAUUAGAAAAUAAUUUCUCCCAGGCGUUUAAUUUAUUUUUCACGCAAAACGAUCGAGAUCGAUCACGAUCAUCUUCGACGCUCUCUCCCCUUACGAGGAACAAGAGAGAGAGAGCAUUGUUACUUUAUAUCCGCGUGAAAUCUUGUAAAUAAAUUGUAUAUCUGUUGUACUAAACCGAUCGUUAUUUCAUUUCAUCGAUUUACUUUUCGAUUCUCUUAAAUUGUGAUCCAGAACAAUUGUGAAUUGAUUGAAACGAAUAAGUAAAUUGAUUUGUUCAAAUAUAACGUCGAUCAGAAUUUAUUCGGAAAAGAAAUAAAAAGUAUACUAUAUCUAA